GCUCUUCCCCUCAGAUUUGCUUCUUGAGCUGUGAGAGUGUGGCCAAAGCUUUAUCUUUGGCUCACCGUGUGAUAGCCACAAUGGCUUACACUGCUUACAGCGGCUACAGCAAACCACCUCAGUCUUACGUAGGCUCUUACUAUGAUGAAAAGCAGGCCAAGGCCUAUGCAGAUUAUCAAGACUCUGUUUAUGAGGAAAAAAAGAGACUCGAGAAGAAGGACCGUCGGGAGGCCAUCUGCUGUGAGGUAGUGGCCCUCAUCAUUGGUUUCAUCGGACUAAUUGGAGUGGCAGCCGUGACAGGCUUGCCGAUGUGGAAGGUAACAGCCUUCAUUGAGGAGAACAUCAUUGUCAUGGAGACCCGCUGGGAAGGUUUGUGGAUGAACUGCUACAGACAAGCAAACAUCAGGAUGCAGUGCAAGGUGUACGAUUCUCUGCUGUUUCUGCCCCCUGACCUCCAGGCUGCUAGGGGUUUGAUGUGUAGCUCUGUGGCCCUGACCUCUUUCGCCCUCAUUGUUGCGGCUGUGGGGAUGAAGUGUACCAAAGUGGUGGACCAUCGGGCUCGUACCAAGCAUGUUGUUCUUGUGGCUGGGGGCUGUUUGUUCCUGAUGGGCUGUAUUACUACCCUAAUCCCUGUGUCUUGGACCGGCCAUGUCAUCAUCAGGGAUUUCUACAACCCUCUGCUGAUCGAUGCCCAGCGCAGGGAGCUCGGGGAGGCUCUUUACAUUGGCUGGGUGACCUCAGCUUUGCUUUUCACGGCUGGAGUGAUCCUGCUGUGUCGUCAUGCUCCCCGCACCCAGGACCCAGAUGAGAGGAUUGUGUACAACCCUGGGGGAAAUAUCUACCAACCUGCAUACACAAACCAACCAUACACGUACCAGCCAGCAUAUUCCUACCAACCUCCCUACUCUGCACCCCCGCCAGGAUCUGUGGCAUAUACACCAAGUCAGUACUAGAGGGGGAAAUUAAAUACAGAGACAAUUUUGGACUGGAUUUUUUUUUUACAUAACUUGCCAAGAUCUGGCACAUUUGAAAGAUGAGAAUCAACUUUUUAAUAACCAAAAGCGUUUACUAGGAAAGGCUUUCAUUGUUUUCCCAGAGGACAAAGAGUAUUGAAGCGAUUAAAAUUCAUUACAGAACUGAUUGUUUUGACCACGAUGAACUGUGCUUGAUUACUACUUUGUUUCCAUAUGCUUAAUUUACACUAAAUUAUAUCAGUCAUUCAAUCAUAUUUUUGCAUUUUUAAUUUGCAAUACUUCAAUAGUUGACAGUUGAUAUACAGUCUUUGCCAAAAUGCUUUUUUGAGAACAAAUUAUGGGCUAGGUCUUUUUCAGAAAACAUACUUCUAAAAGAUUUGUGUUCAUUUCAGUUUUGUUGUAAUUGUAUUGUACUUUUAGAUGAUAGGCCAACUAUAAGGUCAAUUGUGGUUUGCAAUAAAGGAUAAAGUUCAGAAGAAAAAGAGAAUUUCAUUUUUCCCUUUAAAUUAAAGGAUUUUUAUUAAAAUCACUAAAAUGGA